CUCCAGUGGCGUCAUCCCUUCUCUUACUCGCAUAUUCCUCAAGAACAAGUAAACUGGAAUUCCAUCAAAAUUAACCAAACUAUCAAUUUUUCGAACCCACGAACAGGCCAAACCAAACAGUAGAAAAACCAACUUUCCUAAAAGGCUUAAAUUUACAAUAUUUGAAUUCAAUUUGCAUAUCCCCAAAGAGGUGGCGUGGUUGAGAGUUGGACCGACUCCCAUAGUUUUUACUUUUUAGUUUUUACCCACAGGCCAGAGGCACCAGCUUAAUCUGUACAGUUGGCACACUUUGGCGCUGCAAUGGCAUUAUCGAGUGUUUCCCCACUUUAUAUCUCAAAGUCUCCAAAUCAUCUACGAUCUCUGUCCAAACCCUUCACCGUCGUAUGUAGGAUUGAGCGCCAAAGGGAAAAUUAUUGGCGCGGGGAAGCGAAUGCAGAGUCGAAGAAGUGGCAAAGAUUGGUUUCAACCGCACUGGCUGCCGCAGUGGUUACCCUCAGCCCGGUGAUGCCUGCUGUUGCGGAUCUCAAUAAGUAUGAAGUCGAGACGCGGGGUGAAUUUGGGAUUGGAUCAGCAGCCCAAUUUGGUUCUGCAGAUCUCAGGAAAGCAGUUCAUGUGAAUGAAAAUUUCAGAAGAGCAAAUUUCACAUCUGCCGACAUGAGGGAGUCUGAUUUCAGUGGUUCAACAUUUAAUGGUGAAUACCUUGAGAAAGCUGUCGCAUACAAGGCGAGUUUAACAGGGCCGGAUGCACCCCAUGCCAGACCAUAUAAAAUGGUCUUGCAUCCUUCUACGGGUCUUUGCGUUCUAAGGGGAUCACUGUCUGAGCCAUUAAAGCUGGGUCCAUGCACCGAGUCGGAAGCCUGGGGCUACACCCCCCAGAAGAUCUUAAUAAUAAAGGGAACAUACCUCUGCCUUCAAGCAGUUGGGCUGGGGAAGCCUGCAAAACUUAGUGUGAUAUGUUCUAACCCAGGGUCAAAUUGGGAAAUCAUUUCAGAUUCAAAGAUGUACCUGUCAACUAAGCUGGGGGAUGGCACCACUGUUUGCUUGGAUGUAGACUCCAGCGACGACAUUGUCACAAAUUCCUGCAAGUGCUUGAGUAGAGAUGACAUGUAUGAUCCUGGGAGCCAGUGGUUCAAGAUUGCUAACAGCACAGAUAUUUCAUCAAAACCGAUUCUUCGGUUAGCUCCAACUUUGAACGAUGGAUUACACCAAAGAGAGGAUGAAUAGGCGUUUUUACAAAUUCGAGAUGGUUGUUUUGCAAUCUUUUCAACAAACGAUCAAAACCACAUGUAAAAAGGAUGUAUCAAUACUCUGCCUAUCUUUUAAUAAAUGCAAUUACUUGCAACUGGA